GAAGCCAUCCCAGCUGCCGUUCCUGUCCCACAUCUCCGUUCGACUAUCUUUCGACUACAUCAUGGCCAAAGGAAAACGCAUCACAGAGAAUGCCGGCGUGCAGAGGAACCGCAUCGAGUCACACGUCAAGCCGAAGUUCGUUAACUCAUUUCUCCUUUACAAGUCCUACGUCGGCUUGCACUGGACUGGCCCACACCAAGACGAGCCUCUCCGCGGCGGCGGAGUGACCAUAGGCAAAGUGGCCGGUGAACUGUGGAAAGACAUGCCUCGUAACCGCAAAGCCUUCUGGAGGGCCAUGGCUCAACAAGGCUUCGCCGUAGUAUCGAUCGAAAAGACCAGACGCGCCAUGAAGGCGUUCAUCGAGCAGUAUCGCAGCAAGGACGGGUAUGAGAGCGACGCAGACGGGUACGACUGGAAUGCUACCGAGUUCAUGGAGCAGAAUAUCUACGAUGCCAUCGUCGAGGCUAGCGACAGUAACGAACAGGACUUCCGUGAAGUGAAGGGAAAGAGGCCAAUCUCGGACAAGGAUAAACGAGGCCUGCUCGACACGCUUUUCUACCUCGCUCUGCAGUCGAACCACAGCAAAGAUCUCGCUUCCUCCUGGAGCGGCCUCGACAAGGACACGAAGGGCAUAUGGCUGGCCAAGGGCGUCGAAUACUUCGACUACUGCGGCAACGAGAAGGACCGCCGACACAUGAUGUACACUGCCGCAUUGGCCGAGCUCUUUGCUCAAGGCGACCACGCUCCGAUUCAGUCUGCGGAGGACUUCUUCUCAACCACGGAGAUUGCUCGAAAGCCUGCGAUGAAGCCUGCUCGUGACAUGCCUGAAAACCCGGUGUCGCAGCGCUCGACUCUCUUUCAACAGCAUGGGCCGACCCCUCGGGCACCCGCCAUUCAACAACCAGCAAUCAUAAGUGGCGUACCUAGAUCUCUAAGCCUUGGCAUGCGCGCACAGUGUAUGUCGGCAAUGCUACCUUCCGUGAGCUCCCACUAUCGCGAUACGAACCAGCACGCCAGUCCUCCUUCGAAUGCUUCGAUGGCGAUUGGAGGAGCUCUUGUCGGCCACGCUGGUCGGAACCAACACGCGGACUCGCUACCUUCUGUUGUCACCGGUCCUCAAUCUUUGUACAACGCUGGCUUGACCGGGUACGACUACAUCAGAGCCUCUCAGCGUUACGGAGCCCAACCCCUCGUGCCGCAGCACAGCCUUAACCAGUACUCCGUGAUCGAUCCCCGAAUCGCGUUUGGCGACAAGCAAUCGGUACCAAAUUGGGCCGAUGGGGGAUUUACGCACGCCGAGCAGGAAUCCCUCACAUCUGGUUGGGGACAACCGAACGUAGCCGUCGAGAACAUCUGGGAUCUUACUGGUGUCCCGCCCGGACAGGGACCUGGAUACCUAUGGAACGAUGCGGAAUGGGAAGCUCUACUCAAUACUGUCAAUCCCUAUCUUUCUCACAACGACGCACAGUGAUGAGUGCGUGCUCUUCGCUCCGAACGCUAAGCUUGGAUAUAUAGUGAUAGCUGGGAUCUUUGGGAAUUGAAAGACCGAUUCUUAUGUAUAUUUAUCGGAAACAAUAAGGUCGUAUCUUGUCGUUCCAUUAUAUAACGUAGUCG